CAUGGGAUGUAAUAGCUUUAAUAUCAGCCAUAGAUUAAAUCCAAUGCUCAAAAUAUUGAUAUGUUCUCUGUCCAAGCUGGCAAUCCGCGUGCCCAUCUAUUUCUCUUCUCUUUUCAGUUUUCACUUAGCAACAGUUUACCCAAAUGAUUUCAGAAAAAUUCUCUCUCCUCUCUUUUUUUUCUCUCACUCUUUCACUUCCACCAGCGGUUUUUCUCUCUUUACCUCCCUCUCCCUAACGCUCCUCUCAACCCCAACUGUGCCUCCAGUACAGCCAUUGCUCCGCCUCGCCAGUUUUGACAAGAGCGGGCUUGGUCUGUCGGAUUACCCUGAAACCCACAAAUCUCUUUCCCCACCACCGCCCACAGUAUUCUCUGAAACCCACACUAUGCUCUGAAAUCUUCUAAAAGCAGUAGAUGGUGUCAAUCAACUGCUUGUUGUUUGUCUCCGUUGAAGUCCGACUGUUUUGGGUAUGGUUGAUUGGUUUGGAUUUUUGGGUUUCAAAUGAAUGGCAGUUGGAUGGCCGUUUACAGACUUGAGGGUUGAUGUCAAAAUGGGUUUUGAUAUGAGCAUGUGUUUUAUUUUAUUGAGUAAAUACUAAAUACUAAAAUGCAUGUCAUUGUGUGCGUGAGUGAUCGAGUGUGAGUGAAAUUUGUAUUUAUGCUUAAAUUAGUGUAAACACAUGGAGUAGACUACCGGCCUUAAAAUCUGAGAAUGUGAAGGGUUAGUUCUAUGAAAUAACCUUGUCGUUUUUGUUUUUUUUUUUUUCCUUUGCUCUGAUCUUUGUUAUUAUCUUGCUUCUUUGCUCUGAUUUUUGGGCGGGGGUGAGGUUAAAAUGUGAGGCGUUUGAUUAAAAAAGUAAAAAAAAUGGUUUAGUUUGGUUUUUAAACAAUUUUUAAAAUUACUUUAUUUGAUUUUAAACUAGUUUAGGUUUAUAUUUUUUUUGUUUAGACUAAGUACAUUUUGGUUAGCUUCUAAAUACAAUCAUACACAAGGACCUUAGAGGUACGUGGAUUAUGCAUAUUUAAGUUCAAUUUGAUACAGUAAAGAAGCUUGGCCUAAGAAAAUUAGACGCAGCAAUGGAAUAAAUAUGGAUUUGCACAUAUAAUAUGAAGAGAUAAGCAAAGAAAAAGAGAAUGUUAACCUUUUUAAUUUUUUUUUCUCCUUGAUGGUUGAUUUAGGGAUGUAAUCUCACUAGUAUACUUGUUUUGGUGGUCCUAGUUAAAAAGAGGGGAAAAAGGAACACACACACACACACAAAGAGGCUUUGGAGAGAGAUUGUGUGUAUUUCAGGAUAAUAUGCAUAGGGUAUUUUGUGACAGAGUUGAGACUAUUGAAAAUGACAAAUUGGGUGAUAAUGUUACUUCAAUUAUGACUACUAUAUGGUUUCUUAAAAAUUACUUCGAUAUUGAUUUUUCAGAUUAUGGUGUGUCUUCAUAUGAUUUAGGAACUGGUUUUGGUCAUUUUGCUAUUGCAACUCCAGAUGUUUACAAAUUGGCUGAAGACAUCCGAGCCAAGGGUGGUGUUGUCACUAGAGAGCCUGGUCCUGUUAGAGGUGGACAACCUGUUAUUGCCUUUGUGAAGGAUCCUGAUGGUUAUGUUUUUGAGCUUAUCCAAAGAGGUCCAACUCCUGAGCCACUCUGUCAAGUAAUGCUUCGUGUUGGUGAUUUGGAAACUGUUGGCACCAUCUAUUUUAAGUGAAUCUUUGCCCGUGGAUGUGUAUAUUUUAUUAGAACUCUUGUUAUCAUUAUUAUGUUCUUGUAAUCAAAGUUUUCAUUUCAAUAGAAGUUUUUUCAGUCUUGGAUCAAA